AUGGGAGGAUACGGAGAGAAAGUGAAGGGUGUCGAAAGAAAAUCGUGUUUCCGAGUUUCAUUAAUGGAAGGAAAAUAUCUCAGCCGAGUCUCCCACCGACGACCACCACCGUCUCAAGAUCUACGCCUCCCGAAAUUGCAGGUCCCUUGGUUGCCAAAAUCCAAACUAGAUGGGGGCCGUGCCUUCAACACCGCGGUGGGGCAGCGAGUUGUCGCAGGACACGGCGGAAAAUUACUGGAGCUCCCGUUUGACCUCCAUUGGCCGGCUAAUCGUGUUGAACAAGCUUGCCAGGAAUUCGCACGAAACAAUGGUUCUACGAGGCACCUCGCAAAGAUGUUAAUCCACUUAACCUGGUGUUUACAAGAGUCACUUUCUAACCCUGGUGUCCUAUCUGUGGCUUCAAUGAAAGCUGUAAAUGCAUCUUACAUAUCCUCUGUAUUUCUUAAGUAUUCAAUAGAGAAUUCGACAAGUGAGAACCUUGAAGAUUUGUAUUUGUCCCUAGACGAGAGUGAAACAGUACAAAGCAAUAUCCGUAAAGAUGAGAGCAUUAUAAGUAUGGUUAUGCAUGCUGUGCUUAGCUAUAUUGGCAGAGUCGAAAUAAGUCCCAAGACAUAUCUCCUACAUCAUGAGCUGCUGAACUUCAUGCUCAUUGCCAUGUCUACACAGCUUCUUUCUGGUCCAUCACCUGGACCAAAUGAUGUUCACCCUUUCAUUGAUGCAGCAAUGAGUGAAAAUCAGCUUGGUGUUCUGAAAAGAGUUGGUUCAGCAGCUGCAAAUAUAGUGCUAUUACCACUUAGUUACUUUGUAAAUUCAAGUGUAGAAGCUUCAAGAAGUCAACUGGCAGACAGCAGUAUCAAUAUACUACUUAUACUCAUUCAUUAUCGUAAAUGUAUUCUUGUGGAAUCUGUUAAGAACAUCAAUGCCGGUGUCACUUCUGAAUCUCUUCUGAAAGAUGAAACAUAUUUUGCUGAAAACCCGUAUUGCAAAGCCUUGGAAAAUGUUAAGGAUGUUGAGUUUGAUAGGGUGGAUAUUGAGGGAAAUGCACACAGUGGUCCACUUGUCAGAUUGUCUUUUGCUUCUCUCUUUGAUACACUUGGCAUGUGUUUGGCUGAUGAAACUGCUGUUUUGCUACUGUAUGCUUUGGUUCAUGGGAAUUCAGACUUUUUGGAAUAUGUGUUGGUGCGGACUGAUAUAGAUACAUUGUUAAUGCCUUUGUUGGAGACACUCUAUGAUGCUUCAAGGAGAACAUCAAAUCAAAUCUACAUGGUGUUGAUUAUUCUGCUUAUACUUAGUCAAGAUGCUUCUUUUAAUGCUAGCAUCCACAAGCUGAUUCUGCCUUCUGUUCCAUGGUAUCAAGAGCGGCUUCUUCAUCAAACAUCUCUUGGCUCUCUUAUGGUCAUCAUUCUAAUUAGGACAGUGAAGUAUAACAUGUCUAAGAUGCGGGAUGUUUAUCUACAUACAAAUUGCCUUGCAGCUUUAGCUAACAUGGCGCCUCAUGUGCAUCGAUUAAGUUCAUAUGCAUCACAACGCCUUGUUAGCCUUUUUGACAUGUUGUCACGCAAAUAUGCAAAACUAGCAGAGCUAAAGAAUGAUAAAAUGCAGAUAAAUGAUAGUGAACUCAAAGAUGAUGAUAAACUCCCUGAAGAUACGUCAGCAGAAUUGCAUAUCUAUACGGAUUUUUUGAGGAUCGUGUUGGAGAUACUGAAUGCAAUCCUGACUUACGCACUUCCAAGGAACCCAGAGGUGAUUUAUGCAAUUAUGCACAGGCAGGAGGUUUUUCAACCUUUCCGGAAUCAUCCACGCUUCAAUGAGUUGCUGGAGAACAUUUUUUCUGUGUUGGACUUCUUUAAUAGCCGAAUGGAUGCACAAAAGUUGGAUGGUGAAUGGUCAGUUGAGAAGGUGCUGCAAGUCAUCAACACAAACUGCAGAUUUUGGCGAGGAGAUGGGAUGAAGAUGUUCACCCAAUUACGCUUCACAUAUGAACAAGAAAGCCACCCGGAAGAGUUCUUCAUUCCUUACGUCUGGCAGUUGCUAAUCUCUCGCAGUGGUUUCAGGUUUAAUCCCAGUAGCAUCAACUUGUUCCCGGUUGAGCUGCCUGUUGAGGUUAGUUAUGGAGCUGUGGAUGGGAAUACAGAAGAACACGUGCUGUUAAAUGUGAAGGAGGCUCUGGAGUCAUCUGUUUAACUCACAACACAUCCUUUUAUGUACAUAUAUGCAUAGAGAAAAAUAAACAACACAAAUAAAUAAAUAAAAGAGUGUAUACACAUUGUGAUUUUCUAUUUCUAACACAAGUUUUGACAACCACAUGAUAUGAUAGGAGUAAUUAAUUGAUUUGAUUUGUUGGGUCUUUUCCUCGUUACACACUUGUUACAAUUUUACAAGUUCUUCACAAAAUGUCAACUGCAUUUACAUUGAUAAUUUGCUAAUAUGAAAAUAGAG